AUGGAACCUGGAAACCAAACACGUCCACCAACAUUUCUCCUCCUGGGACUUUCACAAGAAGCAGUGCUACAACCUCUCAUCUUUUGGCUGUUUCUGUUCAUGUACCUGAUAACAUUCAUUGGAAAUCUUUUCAUCAUUGUGGCCAUAAUCAGUGACUCCCACCUCCACACCCCCAUGUACUUCUUUCUAUCCAAUCUAUCCUUUGCAGACAUUUGCUUCACUUCCACCACCAUCCCUAAAAUGCUACUGAAUAUCCAUAUGCAGAGCAAAGCUAUCACCUAUGGAGAAUGCCUCACCCAGAUGUACUUUUUAUUAACUUUUGGAGCAUUAGAUAACUUCCUCUUGACUGUAAUGGCCAAUGAUCGCUUUGUGGCCAUCUGCCAUCCAUUGCACUACAUGGUCAUCAUGAACCCCAAGUUCUGUGGAAUCCUGCUUCUAGUAUCAUGGAUAUUGAGUGUCCUGGAUUCUCUAUUACAUUGCCUCAUGUUUUUGAGACUGUCUUUUAGUACCGAAGUGGAAAUAGCUCACUUUUUCUGUGAACUUAAUCAGGUGGUCCAACUUGCCUGUUCUGACACCUUUCUCAAUGACAUCAUCAUCUAUUGUACCACAGGACUUCUGGGUAUUAUUCCACUUGCUGGUAUCCUUUACUCUUAUUCUAAGAUUGUCUCUUCCAUUUUGAAAAUCUCAUCUGCUAGUGGCAAAUAUAAAGCCUUUUCCACAUGUGGGUCUCAUCUUACAGUGGUCUCAUUGUUCUAUGGGACGGGACUUGGCGUGUAUCUUAGUUCAGCUGCUAUUGAAAACUCCAAGUAUAGUGCAAUCCCCUCUGUGAUGUACACAGUAGUCACUCCUAUGCUAAACCCCUUUAUCUACAGUCUUAGAAAUAAGGAUAUAAAGCAGGCCAUAAUUAAACUCUUCUGUUGA